AUGGUAGGGCAGCUGAGGGGGUUUUGGAGGGACGUGUUGGAGGGGGGAGAGCAAGGCGUGGAGAGAGCAGACUAUGCUGAUAUCGAGGCGCCUAUAAAGCGGAUGUUUGUGGACGGACCUAGCUCGGUGACUCUCCUUGACAGAGGUCGCAGGCUGUCCUUUCGCCUCACAGCCGUUGGAUUGGGAGAUCUGACGGUGCACGCGGCGGACGAGACCUGUGGGCUACGAGACUGGGACGAGUUCAUCUAUGUUGGCUUCUCCUUGCACACCUUCCCCGCACUGCGCUCUCUCUCCCUCCUCUUCAUACCCACGCACUACCGCUUCAUCGCUCUUUGCUCCUCGCUCACCUCCCUCGCUCUCUGGCAUCCCAACGCCUUCGCCCUCCACUCCCUCGCAUCCCCCUCCACCCCUCUCCACCGCUCCCUCACCUCCCUCACCAUCCACAACGCCUGGCUGGAAGCUGCCCUCAAGCCCCUCGCCUCCUUCCCGCGCCUCGCAUCUCUCUCCUUCCUCUCCUGCACCAUCGAUCCCUGCGACCUGCAUGCCCUCUCUCGCUCGCUCCACACGCUCACCCAUCUGACCAUCCACGACUGCCCCAUGAUUCCCAGCCACUCCCUCGCAGCCCUCGCUGAAAGCAACCCCUCACUCUCCUCCCUCUCGCUUCACUCCACCUCCUACCUCCUCUUCAUCCCACACGGCCUUCGGGAUCUCUUCCUCUCCUCCUCCUCCCGCCUGCACUCCCUCACUCUCUCCGGGCUGCCCUCGUACCGCCCGGGCAUGCUUGCACGCUGCAGCAGCCUGCAACGCCUGACGCUGAGAGGAAGGGAGGCGGAGAGGGGGAGUUUCAUGCCGUCCUCGUCGCCUCAGAAGCCGUCUCUGGACUGCAUUGUGGCCAUGCUGGUGCAAGUGGAGCAGCUGGGGGUUGCUGAAGGACCGGAGGGAGGGGGCGAUGGAGUGGAGAGAUGGGAAGGGGCGACGGAAGCAGCAGCAGGGCGCGCUGAGUUCGUGGCAGCAAUGGACAACUGGCUGGCGCUCAGCAAGACCUCCCAGUGGAAACUCAUCAAGGCGGCCACAGAGGCACUGCGCUGGCGCCACCUGCACCACGGGGCGGGCGCCCUCCACCUCAUCCACCGGGCUGUCAUUCACGUGCGCUCCGCCAUCCUGCUCUGCCGCUGCGUGCGGCUGGCUAAGGCGGAGAUGAAAGGCUGGAGUGAACGCGAGGACGCACUUGCCAAGGCCUGCCGUGCUGCCGGCGCUGCAGGCGUCUUCGCUGCUGCUGUGGAGGAGCAAGUGGAGGUGGUGGAGCAGGAGAGGGAGGUGGACGGGUGGGGAGUUCAAUGGAUUGAAGCGGAGGAGGUGGCGCGAUACAUGCCUGAGGAUGACCUGGAAGAUGACCUGGCGGUCGUGAGUGAGAAGCUGCUGGCAUGGGUGGUGGUGCCGCAGGCAGAUGCACGGGAGGUGCUGCAUGCGCUGAUGGAGGUGCUGCUGCUGGAGAUGGAGGACAUGGGCGCCCGCUUUGAGAUCCAUGACCCUGCACAGCCCCACCCCGCAAUACUGCCCGGAGUGGAUGAGGAUGAGAGGUCGUUCGAAGAGAGCAGUGAUCUCAUUCUGCAAGGUUUUCCUUCGCCGGGGACGAUCGAAUAA